AUCCAACUUCCGCUCAAAGAAGCGGCGAGACGGGAGGGGCGGGGCGGAGUGCAGCCAAUCAAGGAGUUUGGCCAGACGGAAGCCGAGAGGCUCCCGGAAGUGGUCUUGAGGUCUGGACUGGAAAGCGGAAGCGGCGUGCAACACGUGGGGGCGGUGCCGGUCGGAGGGCUCCUAGUGCGCCGGGUUGUGGGAAGUGUGGCUGGCGGUGGCGACAACCGAGGAGGAGGAGCGAGACGCCGUGGAGCACGGCGACCGGCUGAGCGUCAUGGAGGGCUCAGGGGAGCAGCCGGGCCCCCAACCACAGCAUCCCGGAGACCACCGCAUCCGCGAUGGCGACUUCGUGGUGCUGAAACGUGAAGAUGUGUUUAAAGCAGUACAAGUCCAGCGGAGAAAAAAAGUAACUUUCGAAAAACAGUGGUUCUAUCUGGAUAACGUCAUUGGCCAUAGUUAUGGAACCACAUUUGAAGUGACCAGUGGAGGAAGUCUACAGCCCAAGAAGAAGAGAGAAGAGCCUACUGCAGAGACUAAAGAAGCGGGCACUGAUAAUCGAAAUAUAGUUGAUGAUGGGAAAUCUCAGAAACUUACUCAAGAUGACAUAAAAGCUUUGAAGGACAAGGGCAUUAAAGGAGAGGAAAUAGUUCAGCAGUUAAUUGAAAAUAGUACAACAUUCCGAGACAAGACAGAAUUUGCCCAAGAUAAAUAUAUUAAAAAGAAGAAAAAAAAAUAUGAAGCCAUCAUUACUGUUGUGAAGCCAUCCACCCGUAUUCUUUCAAUUAUGUAUUAUGCAAGAGAACCUGGAAAAAUUAACCACAUGAGAUACGAUACGCUAGCCCAGAUGUUGACAUUGGGAAAUAUCCGUGCUGGCAACAAAAUGAUUGUGAUGGAAACGUGUGCAGGCUUGGUGCUGGGUGCAAUGAUGGAACGAAUGGGAGGUUUUGGAUCCAUUAUUCAGCUAUACCCUGGAGGUGGACCUGUUCGGGCAGCAACAGCAUGUUUUGGAUUUCCCAAAUCUUUUCUCAGUGGUCUUUAUGAAUUCCCCCUCAACAAAGUGGACAGUCUUCUACGUGGAACAUUUUCUGCCGAGAUGUUAUCUUCAGAGCCAAAAGACAGUGCUUUGGUUGAAGAAAGUAAUGGCACACUGGAGGAAAAACAGGCUUCUGAACAAGAGAAUGAAGACAGCAUGGCAGAGGCCCCAGAGAGCAACCACCCAGAAGACCAGGAAACAAUGGAAACAAUUUCUCAAGAUCCAGAACAUAAGGGGCCUAAAGAGAGAGGAAGCAAAAAAGAUUAUAUUCAGGAAAAACAGAGGAAACAAGAAGAGCAGAGGAAAAGACAUUUAGAGGCUGCUGCUCUGCUGAGUGAAAGAAAUGCAGAUGGGUGCGUUGAUGGAAGAAGGCAGGAGACUCCUCGUUUAAUUGUAGCUAGUCGUUUCCACCCCACUCCCCUGCUGCUGUCUUUGCUGGAUUUUGUGGCCCCUUCAAGGCCGUUUGUGGUCUACUGUCAGUACAAAGAGCCUCUGUUGGAAUGCUACACAAAACUGCGGGAGAGGGGAGGGGUCAUCAACCUCAGGCUGUCUGAAACCUGGCUCAGAAAUUAUCAGGUUUUGCCAGAUCGAAGUCAUCCUAAACUGCUGAUGAGUGGAGGUGGGGGUUACCUUCUCUCCGGCUUCACCGUUGCCGUGGACAACCUUAAAGCAGACAGCAGCCUCAAAUCUAAUGCAAGCACUUUAGAAUCACACGAGACUGAGGAGCCUGCAGCUAAAAAACGGAAAUGCCCAGAGUCUGACUCUUAACCCUUUGAGAAUUGCUCUGAAUUUUGUUCUCAGGCAUUACACAGUUAGUAAUUAAAUUUUAAAUGCCAUUACUACUUGUUUUUUCAUAUCCCAAGAAUAAGAACAUGUCUAUGUACCUGUUUCUAGGAAGGAGGAGUACAUGCCUUUUGUCUGUUUCUGACACAGAUGCGCUUGGUCUGUCAAAACUGCAACCAUGGGGUAUGUAGUAUGACCAACUGCAUUUAACAAAACUCCUCUAAGUACUUCUAAAUAUUCUGUGCAAAUAUCUUGAGAACUUCAACAUCCUAAAAUGUGUUUCUACAAGACUUUAUAUGUUAAGCUAAGUGGAAUAAUACAACGUAACUAAAACAUGGCGGGUACCGAAAGGAGGGUAAUUCAUGGAAGAAAUUUCCUCUGUUCAUUCCGUUCUCUUCAACCUAAGCAAUAUGGAUGUGUGAGUGUGUGAUUUAUUAUGGUACCAAAAAUGUCCACCCUCUUUCCUGCAGUGGAAUAAGCUUUUUUGAAAUGCUAAGGUUUUAUUUUAAUAGUUGACAACCUGGGAAAGUUCUGAGUAUUUAUUUUACUGCUCUUUUUUGUGCAUAGAAAGGUUUAGUAGGGUACUUUUUUGCAUUAAUUUGCCAAUACUCUUAUUCUUUGUUCUAAAUAAAGUGACUAGAAUUUUUGUGUACUAUUCAA